AUGUGUGUAAUUAGUGUUUAUAUAAACAUGGAGGAUCGUUUAGCGGAAUUACAUGCUGCAGGUGGUGUCAAACCUGAUCAAGGAAAGAAGAAGGGAAAGAAAGGAAAGAAGGCCGACGAGAAAGCGGAGACCGCUGCAGAGAAGGGUGAGACCUCCAAUGGAGAUGGUGAUAUUGAAAUGGCCAACAUGGACGACGGCGACGAACCCAUCGAAGAGUUCAUGCCAGAGUUUUACCAGGAGGUCGGUAUCAUUAAAACUACAAUGUCAUCGGUGCGAAGAAGUGUAAAGAGUAUCGAAGAUAAAUAUGUACUUUCACUAAAUUCAAUCAAUGUAGAUCAAGGUUCAAAAUAUGAAGAAGAUUUACAAUCAAUGAUAGAAACAACCAAUAGAUCAUUUUCAGAAUUAAAGAAAAAGUUGGAUCUUAUGAAGACCAACAACGAUAAAUAUACAUCUCAGAAAUCUGCACAGCCAACAGAAGUUCGUAUCAGAAAUAAUAUGCAUGGUACUCUUACUCAAAAGUUUGUGGAAAUGAUGAGAGAAUACCAAGAGAUUCAAACAAAUUACAAGAAUAAAUAUAAAGAAAAAAUCGAAAGACAAUAUAAAAUAGUUAAACCAGAUGCAACACCAGAGGAAAUCAGAGCAGCAAUGGAAUCGGGAGAUUCCAGUAAGAUUUUUGCAGAUACAAUUCUUUAUACACAUUUACAGACACAGGCAAAGAAUGCUUUGGCAUACAUUCAAGACAGACAUAAUGAUAUUCAAAGAUUGGAACAGAGUAUUUCCGAAUUGCAUGCACUCUUUUUAGAUAUGGCUGUGCUGGUGGAUGUCCAAGGUGAAAUGUUGAACAGUAUCGAAGCAAAUGUAGAAUCCACUGUGAUGAACGUAAAGGCAGGUGUUGACAAUCUGGCCGAAGCCAACAAGUUGCACAGAAGAAGUAGAAAGAAGAUGUAUAUUCUACUGUGUAUUGUAGUUAUCGUAUUGAUUGCCGUACUUGCACCUGUCUUGGCAACUACGAUACCAAAGAAAUAA